AUGUCCAAUGCAGCCCCGAAUAUGCAGAUUCUGCAACAACUGGCGACCCUGCCACCACAACAGCAGCAACAAAUUCUUCGACAAAACCCCCAGCUAGCCAUGUUCCUUCGACAGGUCCAACAGCGACAACAACAGUUUAUAAACAAACAAGGACAGGCACCGCCUGGUAUGGGCGUUGGAGCUGGUAUUCAAGCGGCUCAAGGUAUGCAAGGGCAAGGCGGACCUAUGAUGCCAGAGCAAAUACCCGUUGGUGCUGCUGGUCAUCCUGGAAGUUUGGCUCAUGGAGUACCUGGUGUUUCUCCUGCAAUAUCAACACCACCAGUAGGUUCUUCUUUUCGUCCAAAACUACCAGGUGGCUCUGCUCCUUUACAACCCGAACUUCCCAGGCUGAGUAGCUUGCGUUACUGGUCAGAGAAGCUGGAAAAAGAAGGUAAACCGGUGGACACAAAUACACUUCUCUAUGAACAAAUUAUUACUCGGGAUAAAGCUAAUAUAGAAGCCAGAGCACAAAAUGAACAGGAAAAAAAGGUUUUAGAGUCCUUGAUAAAGGAUCUCAAAUUUUACAAUGAACUCAAGAGCUACCGAAUGAAAUCCAUUCAGGCAGUAAAUAAUGGCAUGGUGGAAGGACCACCGAGCAUCUGGGGAGAAGGAUAUCAAGGAUAUGGCCAUGGAUUUACAGGCAAAACUACCACACAAUUUGUUUAUCCUCAAAAAAGAAAGAAGUAUUCCAGAAUUCCGGAAAGCUAUAUUCCAGACGAAUUGAUGGAACAGCAGGCGGAGAGUAUAGACGAAUGGGUGCCGAUUAGAAUGGAUUUUGAUAUCGAAAGGGACAAUUUCAAACUUAAUGACACUUUCCUUUGGAACUUGAAUGAAAAGGUUGUAACUUUAGAACGAUUUGUUGCCGUUUUGAUGGAAGACUACAAGUUUAAAAAUCCAUUGUUUUUGGACACCAUCUUAGCUAAUAUGAAAGAACAGAUUAACGAAUAUCGAACAGCAACGAACACAAGACCGCAAGACUUAAGGGUUGAUAUCAAGCUUGAUAUUGCUAUGGGUAAUAAUCAGUUGAUUGACCAAUUUGAAUGGGAUAUCUCGGAUCCAAAUAAUGAUCCAGAAGAGUUUGCAACAGUAUUGUGUGCUGAAUUAGCAGUCCCAGGGGAAUUUGUUACUGCAGUAGCACAUUCUAUCAGAGAACAAGUACAAAUAUUCAUCAAAGCUUUGCACCUCAUAAAUUACCCUUUUGAUGGAUCUGUAAUUGAGCAGGAACAGGUGAGAAGAUUGGUUAAACCACAUAUAUUGCCCAAUGAAAGCAUUUUGCGAUCAAGAACUCAAUUCCAGGAUUAUUCUCCUAAUCUCUUAGAAAUCAGCAUUGAAGAAUUGCAACGUUUAGACAAAGAUAAAGAAAGGGAGAGUCGUAGGAAACGAAGGGGAAUGGGAAGAGUUGGACGCAGGAACGGACUAGUUCUUCCUGAAUUAUCAGAUGCACCGAAAACAAUUCGUACGCCCAUAGCUUCUACUGUUUUACCAUAUGGUAUAGAGGUUGGACCCUCUGUAGAUUCUUUUGUUGAUAUCGUGGAGUCUAUUGAGGAUCCCAAAGAUCCCAAAGUUGUGGAAAGAGUCCGAGAACCUAGUGCCAUAAAUUCCAGCACAGGAACACCGAAUAUAGGUGGAAAUAAUGGUGUUGUUUCGGUUCAACACGACUAUGGUAACUCGCUCUAUGUCACCAUCAAGCUACGAAGGUGA